UUCGACCGUGAGGACCUGCGCCGCUUCCGCGUUACGAAGGAACUCGAGCGCCUUGACAGCCUUGACAAGCCGGGCAAUGUCUUCGCAAGCACAGAUGGAUGGCAUGAAGUGUCAGUCAAGAUCAGUGUUCCGAAGGAACGCACGAAGUUCGCAUCAGAGGCAGAUGCCCCUAUGUUCGAGGUCCCUGAAGUCUACGUCCGAAAACUCACGGAGCUUGUCCGCUCGGCAGCAGAGGCAGUCGACGCAGACCGUUUCAACUGGCUACCUUUCCGGCAGUACUGGCGACGUCGCAAGUACGAGGCUCCUGGAUCCAACUCUGGGUCCGACAGUUCAGAGACGUCUGAUGCCGGUCACAAUGAACAUCAAUUUGAGAACAUUCGCCUCUUUUCCGAUCUUCCGAAUAGUGACGCGAUGCUGGAGGAGGAUGCACGGAUCCGCGCACUGCCCCGCAACGCUGCAGAUGGACCGGAGGUCGAGUACGUCAUGGCACCUCUCAUGGUCUGGUCGGACUCUACGCACUUGACGAAUUUCGGCGGUGCACACCUAUGGCCAAUCUACCUCUACUUUGGAUGGCUCUCAAAGUAUGUCCGGGGCUGUCCUACGUCCUUUGCUGCUCACCACCUGGCAUAUUUACCAUCACUUCCGGAAUCAAUACAGGACUGGUAUCAAAAGGUAUAUGGCAUAUCUGCGACUGCCGACGUCCUUCGCUUCUGCAAGAAGGAGCUCAUGCAUGUUAUCUGGUGCUAUAUCAUGGAUGACGAGUUCAUGAAGGCGUAUCAUGAGGGUAUGCUUGUGAAGUGUGGGGACGGUAUACUGCGCCGAAUAUUCCCUCGCUUCUUCACCUACUCUGCAGACUAUCCCGAGAAGGCCUUACUCGCCUGCAUCCGCUUCCUCGGACGUUGUCCAUGUCCGCGAUGCCUUGUUCAGAAAGCUGACAUACUCAAAACGGGCUUCUCGAAAACAUGGGAAAGCAUUCGUGUCGACAGCUCACGCCUCCGGUCGAUCAUUGCUCACGUACGACGAUGGAUAUUCAAGUCUGGAUAUUCCCUGACAAGCAAGAUAAUUGGACAGGUAAUGGACCCUAUUUCCGUCCUACCUACCCGGAGUGCCUUCUCAACGCGGCUUGCGGAUACCGGGUUCAACUUCUACUCCCUCUUUGUGCCCGACAUCUUGCAUGAAGUCGAGUUAGGAGUGUGGAAAGCGAUCUUCAUCCACCUCCUUAGGAUACUGCAUGCCGAGGGAAAGGACCGCAUUCAGAUAAUGAAUGAACGGUACGUCUCAGUGAUAUAUAAUACACUCACGAAGAUAAGUCAUGUUUACUCAUGUACCUAG